CAUUGAACUAGUUUUGUUAGUUUUGUUCAGAAACAAUCACAGAGUUUUAUUUCGCUUGUAUUUUAAAAGGUUCUAUUAUAAUAUGAAUACGAAUGGCGGAACGGAUUCGCCCGGUGUUGUUGGUGAAAAUAAAAAGCCAACCACAGAUAAACGGGACCUUCUAGUUUUGCUAAAACUGAUUAAGAAAUACAACUUGAAGCAAACAGAAGAACUUUUAUGUCAGGAGGCAAAUAUAAAACAAGAUGAAGUAGAAGAUGUAGAUGACAAAGAACUUACUAGUAUAUUGAGCUCAGCUUUGGGCGAGAAUUCGGAGUGUAAUGGAGAGGCCAAAGAUGGUCCUGGAAGUGAUCCCGAAUUGUAUGAUAUGGCUUACGGAGAUUUGUGUAAUUUCGUGGACGAGUCUUUGGAUAUUUAUAAGCAUGAACUGUUCAUGGUGCUUUAUCCAAUAUUGGUACAGAUCUACUUUAAGCUUGUCUCAGGAGGUUAUGCCAAGUCAGCCCGCGCUUUCGUUGAAAAAUAUGGGCCUGACUUAGACUAUUUUUACAGAGAAGACCUCCAAAAUUUGCUGUUAAUAACUAAGAAGAGUGAAAUGGAAAAUAACGACUGGGUUACUUCAAUGGAUUCAGAUAAAUUUAUAAUACGUAUGUCAAGAGAUGCCCAUUCCCUUUUUAAGAGACACAUGCAAGAUAGAAAGCAGGAGUUGAUUGCCGACAUUGUAAUGAAAUAUCUAAGUUUUGAUACUUAUGAAGGCACAGCACGUAGUAAAUCUCAAUGCAAUGCAACUAGUGGGUCGUUAAUUGGAGAAUCGCGUAGACAGGAUAAUAAGAUCCGUGUUUACUAUGGUUUGUUAAAGGAAGUUGAUUUUCAAUCACUAACUACACCUGCCCCAACAACCGUGGAAGAAGAGGAUGAUAAUGACCCCGAUGCCCCAGAUAAACCAAAGAAGAAAAAACCCAAGAAAGACCCACUUUUUUCGAAAAAAUCUAAAUCGGACCCAAACGCUCCUUCUAUGGAUAGAAUACCAUUGCCUGAAUUGAAGGAUGCUGAUAAAUUGGAAAAACUGAAAGCACUUCGAGAAGCGUCAAAGAGAGUGCCUCUUGGAAAAGAUUCUCUGCCCUCUGUUUGCCUGUAUACAAUAUUGAACUCCCACAACAGCGUAACAUGCGCUGAAAUAUCGGAAGACUCGUUUGUGAUGGCAGUUGGUUUCACAGAUUCCAGCAUAAAAGUUUGGUCACUAACUCCGUCGAAACUGAGAGAAAUGAAGCCUGCGGAAAUGCUAAAAGACAUUGAUAAAGAUGCCGAAGAUGUGUUAGUUCGGAUGAUGGAUGAUCGUACGGGCGAAUCAGCGAGAACGUUUUAUGGGCAUAGUGGACCCGUGUACCGUUGUGCAUUUGCUCCCGAAAAAAAUAUGCUGUUAUCUUGUUCCGAAGACGCCACUAUUCGAUUAUGGUCGCUACAUACUUGGACUUGUAUAGUGGUCUUUAAAGGUCAUUUGUUUCCAGUUUGGGAUGUACGAUUUUCACCGCACGGCUAUUAUUUUGCCUCAUGUUCCUAUGACAAAACAGUGCGUCUUUGGGCAACGGAUUCUAACCAACCUUUAAGAAUAUUUACAGGACACCUAUCUGACGUUGACUGUGUACAAUUUCAUCCUAAUUCAAAUUACAUUGCCAGUGGAUCCAGCGAUCGUACAGUAAGACUUUGGGACGUACUCACCGGGCAAUUGGUGCGCCUCAUGACAGGGCAUAAGGGACCUAUAUACGCUUUGGCGUUCUCAACAUGUGGUCGAUAUUUGGCAUCAGGUUCAUCCGAUCAUAAUGUAUUAAUCUGGGAUUUAUCACAUGGCCAACUCGUCACUUCACUAGUGAGGCAUACAGGAUCAAUUCAUACAAUAACAUUUAGUCGAGAUGGAACUAUACUUGCAGUUGGUGGCUUGGACUGUUACCUUACAUUAUGGGACUUUUCAAAACUUAGCGAAGAUUACAUAGCGCAAAACUCGAACGCAUCUCAUAAUCUAGAUGUUGACGAAAGCGAUCACUAUCUUCUUAGAGCAUUUCCAACAAAGUCAACCCCGUUCACAACCCUUCAUUUCACAAGGCGCAACCUAUUGCUAGCAGUAGGCACAUUUAAAUCGUAAUAUACAUCUGAUUAUUAUAUUUUAAAUUAUCCACCCCUACGUACAUAAAUAUAGACGCAAUACAGGCAUACAGUAAGAAAUAAAUGAAGAUUUAAACCAAA